CGUGGUCGUGGUCGACAUCAGCACCUUCUCAGCAGAAGGCAGGAGGCUGCGAGCGAGGAGCAGCGCUGGGGGCGAGCUUGGCGCAUCCUCAGGGUCUGCUCCCCUCCCCGGCGUCCUCACUCACUGCAAUCCCAGCUCCGACUGGGUUUCGCCACCCUCCGUCCCCUUCCCCCAGGGGAGAUUGAAGACCGCGCUCUUUCGGCGCUCCUGGCGCUUCUCUGGGUUCGCUCAGUGGCCGGAAAAUAAUGGUAACAUGAACAGCGGAGCGUGAGCGCGUCGCCGUCACCGGGGAAGGAAGAGAUUGAUGGGCAGAGAGCUUACUUCAAGGAAUCACAUUCCUGGGGCUGCGCAGGGGAACCGUGGGCGCCUCCGCCUCCUGGCUGCGCGCCGCUGACAUCUGUAGCCUCCGUUCCCUCGGGCUCCCAGGUCGCCAGCCUCUGCCUGCGGAGGAGCAUUGACCGGAGUUGGUGCGCCUCCAUCCGAACAGGAGUUCUCCCGGAACCCGCGCGUCCCCGCAUCCAUCCCAGCUGAGCGCCCACCAGCACGCUGGCUUCGGAGGGAGUUGAACUUGAGUUCAGAUGCCCAACUCCCUCUGAAUCGUGCAGAUUGGUGCUGAGCACGCCACAAAAGUUUGUAGCUUCUCCGCAGUUCCUGGUGCUUGGCAGGGGAGAGGAAAGGACUGGCAUUCAACACCGGGAGCAGUCAGGGAGCCAUCUCCUUUAACUUUUCUUACCUGUUAUCAUUUGCAAUGAAGAGGAAACAGAAGAGAUUUCUGCAGAUGACUUUGUUAUUCAUGGUGGCUUUAAUAUUCCUGCCCAACAUUGGUCUCUGGUCCCUGUACAAGGAUAAGCACCUGGUGAAAUCCACGGAGCCUGGGGAGCAGCAGACAUUUCCACUGGGCCUGGGAGAUGGGCAAUUCUAUGCAUGGACAGAUGGUUUGAGAAGAAAAGACUGGCAUGACUAUGAAAGCAUUCAGAAAGAGGCUAUGCGCUCAGGGAAGGGUGAGCACGGGAAACCUUACCCCCUCACUGAAGACGACCACGAUGACUCAGCUUACAGGGAAAAUGGUUUCAAUAUUUUUGUCAGCAACAAUAUCGCUCUGGAGAGGUCUCUGCCCGACAUUCGUCAUGCUAAUUGUAAGCACAAGCUGUACCUGGAAAUACUGCCAAACACCAGCAUCAUUAUCCCAUUUCAUAAUGAAGGUUGGACUUCACUCCUGCGUACCAUACACAGUAUAAUUAACCGAACCCCGGAGAGUCUGAUAGCAGAAAUCAUUCUAGUAGAUGACUUCAGUGACAGAGAACACUUGAAGGAGAAGUUAGAGGAGUACAUGGCCCGGUUUUCCAAAGUGAGGAUCGUUCGCACCAAGAAAAGGGAAGGGCUCAUCCGGACCCGCCUCCUGGGGGCGUCCAUGGCCAGAGGAGAAGUCCUGACCUUCCUGGACUCCCACUGCGAGGUCAACGUGAACUGGCUGCCCCCGCUCCUCAACCAAAUUGCACUAAACCACAAAACCAUCGUGUGCCCCAUGAUCGAUGUCAUUGACCACAAUCACUUUGGGUAUGAGGCACAAGCUGGGGAUGCCAUGCGAGGCGCCUUCGACUGGGAAAUGUACUACAAAAGAAUCCCCAUCCCUCCAGAGCUCCAGAGGGCAGAUCCCAGCGACCCUUUUGAGUCUCCUGUGAUGGCUGGAGGUCUCUUUGCUGUCAAUCGCAAAUGGUUUUGGGAGUUAGGUGGCUAUGAUCCAGGUUUAGAAAUCUGGGGAGGAGAACAGUAUGAAAUCUCUUUUAAGGUUUGGAUGUGUGGAGGAGAAAUGUUCGAUGUUCCAUGUUCUAGAGUUGGUCAUAUCUACAGGAAGUACGUCCCUUAUAAAGUUCCAUCUGGGACCAGCCUGGCAAGAAACCUGAAGCGGGUGGCGGAGACCUGGAUGGACGAAUUUGCCGAGUACAUUUACCAGCGCCGCCCGGAGUACAGGCACCUCUCCACGGGGGACAUCUCCGCCCAGAAGGAGUUGCGCAAACAGCUCAAGUGCAAGGACUUCAAGUGGUUCAUGGCGGCUGUGGCCUGGGAUGUACCCAAGUACUACCCUCCCGUGGAGCCCCCACCUGCUGCCUGGGGAGAGAUUCGAAACGUGGCAGCCAAUCUCUGUGUGGACAGCAAGCAUGGAGCCACGGGAACCGAGCUCAGGCUGGACAUCUGUGUCAAGGAUGGCUCUGAAAGGACAUGGUCUCAUGAGCAGCUCUUUACUUUUGGAUGGAGAGAAGACAUUCGACCUGGUGAGCCGCUGCACACCCGAAAGUUCUGCUUCGACGCGAUCUCGCACAGCAGCCCGGUCACUCUCUAUGACUGUCACGGCAUGAAGGGGAACCAGCUCUGGGGCUACCGGAAGGACAGAACAUUAUUCCAUCCUGUGAGCAACAGCUGCAUGGAUUGCAACCCCGCAGAGAAGAAGAUUUUCAUGGCCAGAUGUGACCCCCUAUCUGAGACUCAGCAGUGGAUUUUUGAACAUAUUAAUAUGACUGUUUUAGAAAAAUUUAACCACCAUGCCAGCUCCUAGAAGGAAAGAAGGAGUGAUGACCUCCAGAUUCUAAAAAAACUAAAAUUUCUCCAGCACCGGGGUGGAAGGCAUCGGGAAUAACAUUUCCUCGAUCUAGGAAGCCUGGUUUAAAGGCCCGUCAAUGCCACGUUAAAGUAGGUUGUCCUGGAGAACUUCCUGCAUCUGAAGAACUUGGCGGAGAACCUCACCAGCUGCUUCUGAGAACUUGAGACUAGCAGUUCCCUUGCUGGCCAAGGGCGAAGAUUAUUUAGGGAUGUUUCAAAACAACUGCUGAGUUAAUAAAUCCUAGCAUUUCUCAGGUCAAAUCCUGCAGUAGUGAGUAGCUAUGAAUGGAUCCUAUCAUUCGGGUGGGAGGGGGGUGGAAAUGGAGUGCAUGACUGCUCUGACAACCUGAAGAUCCCGCAGGUGUAGAACUAGCCACGCUGAACGGGCGAGCUGGACUCUUUGGUGCCAUUCUCUGACUAAGAAUGGGUUAAGCAGGUUUAACCCUUCAAAGUGCUGCAGAUGAUUUUAGAGUGCUCAUACCAUUCUGUUUUCUUGUUGUUGUUUUUUAAAUGAAGGUGUGCUAUGUAAUGUAAGACUUAAAUUACAUCAUGAAACGGACUUCCAGUGUUUCCGUUCUUGCACCGGCCAUUUUCCUUUUCGGGCAGAAGUAACUUAUUUUUCCUAAAAGUUCAUGCUCCAUCCAUCAGCUGAAGCUCGAAUUCAGUGCCCUUGUAUGAAUCCACUUUAAAAACAAAAUCAGAACACUAUGCUACCCGGUUACUCCAAAGAGAAUGAUUUCACAGAGGCAGCAAAACUACGUAAGGUUUAGGAGAGGGACUUCCGUAGGAAAUCGAUUUUUACUUUUCUAUUCUUUUUAGAAUUCUAGAAGCCUGAUGUUUGUCCAGUCAUAAUUUUUAUUAAGGAAGGGAAUGGAGUGAGGUUGAUGUAAUUUGUUUAAGGAGAUUCUUAAACCCAAAUAAAUCUACACUCCAAGUGCCGUGUGAAAAUGUCUCCAUUCGCUUCAAUUCUGUUUGGUCAGUCCUCGGGACAUAGAAGUGGUUUUGUUUGUUUGGUUUUAGAUAUUUUUUGUUUUAUGUCACUGAUAUUAAUGAUGUUUUUGUUUUACUUGGACGUGCACCGAAGGAAUUUCCAUUAAUAAAGUGCUUCUGACACUGUUUUCUGUAAAUGGGACAAUAUUUCAGGGGUGAAGAAAGGGAUGAUUAAAAAGCUAAGUGGAGCAUUUAAUCCUUAAGACAAUCUUUUUUUUUUUUUUACUUUUCAAUAAUAACGGGGGUGGGAGAGGAAUAUAUAGAGAGAUUAAGAUGGGUCUUAAGA